CGCCCCCUGGUGGACACCAGAGAGAAUGCAGCUUUAAGACACUUCAUCAACAAUGAAUCGUCUCACUUCUCUUUCAGCAAAUUGCGAUCGCUCGUGAGGGCGACCUUCUGACCAAAGAGCGUCUGUGCUGUGGUCUGUCGAUGUUCGAGGUCAUCCUCACACGGGUCAGAGGCUUCCUGGACGACCCCAUCUGGCGCGGACCGCUGCCCAGCAACGGAGUGAUGCACGUGGACGAGUGCGUGGAGUUCCACCGUCUCUGGAGCGCCAUGCAGUUUGUUUACUGCAUCCCAGUGGGGGCCCACGAGUUCACAGUGGAGCAGUGCUUUGGAGACGGCCUCCACUGGGCCGGCUGCAUGAUCAUCUCUCUGCUGGGGCAGCACAGACGCUUCGACAUCCUGGACUUCAGCUACCACCUUCUGAAGGUGCAGAAACACGACGGCAAGGACGAGGUCAUCAAGAGCGUGCCUCUGAAGAAGAUGGUCGACAGAAUCCGCAAAUUCCAAAUCAUCAACAACGAGGUCUUCUCCAUCCUCAACAAGUACCUGAAGUCUGGAGACGGAGAGAACAUGCCGGUGGAACACGUGCGAUGCUUCCAGCCACCGAUACACCAGUCGCUCGCCAGCAGCUGAGGCGGUUCCAAACACUGUCGUCAUUACCAGUCGACCCAUGAGUAUUCCUGCUCCAGCAGCACCGGGCCACAUUUCUGUCAGGAUUAUUGUUUAUUGUAUUCACUUGUGCCUUAUCAGAUAUGAAUAGAUAUUUCCCCCUUUUUGGAUGAACUAUUCUUUGUUUUAUACUUGCAGAGAGCUCUAGACGAGGAGGUGGAAUUAGUUUUAUUAGAAGUAUUUAAGGGUUUGCAGUGGUGGGACCAUAUUAAAGGUGACGGGAACUUGUUUUAAGUAUUUUCUAUAUAGUCAAACGUGCAUGCUCAUAAUCAUUUUAAAGGAAGAUGAAAAGUAACAACGCUCGUACUUGUGUUAAGCAUUUAUUCACUGUGCCUUGUUUUAAUCAUUUUAAUUCAAUAAAUAUGUAACAAAUC